AUGAAGACCGCUGUAAUCGGCAUUCCAGCAAUCUGCGGCGUUGUUCUGGUGCUUCUACUCCCACUUCCUGGAUCCAGUCAGUUUCUGGACGCAGCUUGUGGAAUUCGAGCAAACCCCAAGAUUGCCACUCGUAUCAUCAAUGGCCAGAUAGCGAAAUAUACUUCCAGCCCCUGGAUGGUUUUCCUGCACUCAACUACAGAUUUAUUCGUGUGCGGUGGAACUCUGAUCACAAACAGACUUGUACUAACAGCAGCACAUUGCUUCAUUGCCAACCAGCAGUUAGUAGCUCGCCUGGGUGAGUAUGAGAGAACGCGAAGUGAGGAGUGUGUUGGAUAUUACUGCAACUUUCGGGAGGAGCAUUCCGUGGACGCGGGCUUCAAGCACCGGCUAUACGACCCAAAUACACACGCCAACGAUAUUGCGAUUCUGCGACUUGCCAGAAGUGUUGUGUACAGAGACAAUAUCAGGCCCAUUUGCAUUGUGUGGGAUACUAGAUGGCGGCAGUACAUCGACAGCAUUGAUUUGCUGACCGGAACUGGUUGGGGCAAGACGGAGGCGGAGAGUGACAGCGAUGCGCUGAGGACCCUGGACAUUCGGCGCCAGCCACCAGAUGUUUGUUCCCAGUUCAUUGGACUCAGCAUCUCUGGCACCCAGUUCUGUGCUGGAAACUGGGAAAGCAAUCUGUGCAACGGCGAUUCCGGUGGUCCCCUGGGUGCAAUGGUCCCCUUUAAGAACUCCCAGCGCUUCAUUCAGAUCGGCAUAGCCAGCUAUACGAAUAGAAAGUGCCAGAAGGCAAGUGUUUUCACGGAUGUCCUCAGUCACAUCGAUUUUAUCCUGCGAGUGUGGCGGCGGUACGGCCAGGGUCAAAGGAUGCCCACCCCAAGGACAACCACAACGACCCAGGCUCCAACUUGGUGGCAGACCGAGCAGAUCCCACGACAGACCGUCGAGGAUUAUGAGUCCGAUAAUACCCAAGAAUCACAUGUGGGUUUUAAUUUGGGAAUUCCUGGAUUAUUUCAUUUUUCAUUUUGGUAA